CUCAAAACAAAUCGCGAAUCGAGUCGAAAAAAGAACCACUUGUUCGUCUUCUUUUGCCUUUGGUCUUUGUGCCCGAAUCAAUAGAUAUGUUGAUAUAUUUGAGCUGUCGGUCAAAUAUACAUGAUAGCGUGGAUAGCAGACGCAGGAGGAAAGAGUAGAACAGUAAAACUGUUUCGACGUGAAGUUUUGAAUUUGAUUCAUCACACAUUCAUUAGCAUUAAACUUGUUCACACUUGUUCAGUCCACUUUUGCCAACCAUAGUUUGCCGACGACAGGCCUAUGAAAAUAUUCGGAGUUCAGACACGGUUCUAUUCUAAAGGUGUGCAUAAUGGACUUCAUGGAGACUUUGCCCGCUUAUCUUUCUCAGUUUUGUGUAAUUUUUUUGUUGCUCACCGAUCCUUGUCCAUGUGGCUGUGCCGAUUCACGGAGAAAUGAUUUUGCCACAAAGGAGACUGUGCGAAAUGACACUGAUACACUGGAAAUGUCAUAUCUGAAUGCUGUAAAGUUGACAACAGGUGAAGUUGCAGUGACAAUUAAUUGCCCUCUUGAUGCUGCUGUUGACUCAAAUGUGACAUUUUAUGCCUGGGUCAACGAUACAAGACCUGAGUCUGAGAAGCCAGCGUACUACACCAUAUCAUGGUGGGACAACACUGUUGUACUGUCGUUUCCAACAUUGAGAUCCACCGUAGGAGGUUAUGGAAACCUGACUAAAGUGUACUCAGAUGUUCCAGCUAAAGAUUACACAAUGUCAGUCACUGUCUUUGAUAGUAUUAACCUGUUUUACAAAGUGGCCACAGCAUCAGAACCUUUCAAUUUGACAGAAUCACUAAAUGGUCUGAUGUCUUUAGAUCAAAUCUGGUCGUUUGAAAGACAGGGAACCAUUGUCUCCUCAAAGGUGCCAUUUUCUUUAACCCUAAACCUGACAGACGUAUUCUUAUGGGAGAAAAUAGAAACGCAAUGGGUCAUCGGCAACAGGACAUACCAUACACCAUCAAACCCGUUGCAUCUGAGCCUUCAUAUUGGACAAGUGGGACAUUACACUGCUGAGGUCUAUGUCACAGCUGAUGUCAACAUUGCAAAUAAGACACUUACAAAGUACGGGAACUUCACCAAAAUGUUUGAAGUUGCUGAGCCCAUUGGUGAUUUGACAUUGAUUGGUGACAGUACUUUAGGAUUAAACAAGAAAACUGAUGUAAAUUUGACAUUCACAGGAAGCAUUCCAGCCUCUAUAUGCCUGACCAUACAGAAGUAUAAAAAUACCGUGAUCCCAAGUAACUAUAGCUGUACUAUGUUCACAUACUACGACCAGUUGGAAGCUUUCCCAAUAAGAGCAUCUUUCAAUGAGACGGGAACCUACCAACUGAGGACAGAUCUUGUAAAUAGAGUCAGCAAUGCGUCAGAAUACUUUUAUUUUCAUGUUUAUGAUGAAGACCGAGACAGUGCCAUCUAUAUUGUGCUUCCUGUAUUAUUUUCGAUGGCCGGACUCCUCAUCAUCAUAAUAGGUGUAAUUGCACUUUUGAAGUAUCAAAAGGAACCAAAUGUAGAGACAGCAAACUUCGGCUUCCACAUACACAAGGUUGAAACUCCAUCAUGGUUCACUAAAUUACUCAUAAAAAUUCAAAAGUUCUUCCGCUCUGGAAAAAAACGGACGAUGAAUAUCAAUUUUGAUGAUGGACAUUCCAACUCGAGUAGGCGCAGUAGCAUUUCAUCAUAUGGCUCUGUGUUCGACAGCAUGAGCGGGGACUAUUCAACCAGUUCACCACCUAAUAGUGCAUCGGCACAGAAAAUGUUCAAUUCAAGAAAUAGAGCGGUUUGAGUGAUACUGGUGAUUUUUACCUGAUCUGUGUCUGACUCUGAGCCAUCUUUAAAGGCCUCCCGUGUUCGUUCAUAAAUUUUUGAAAAUUGCCCUUUGAUUUGAAAAUUUCUUAUUGCGUAAAUGUAUGCUGAAUAUAGAUUUCAACAAUGUCGAGAUAUGUACUGAUAAACAAAUACUAUAUAUGCUAAGUUCCAGUGAACUUGCUUGCAUAAUAACUGCGCUUGGGCAAUGUUUAUUUUUUUAUACUUGAACCAAAAGUAAAUACAAUGACAAGGAGUGGUGUAGGCCUUUGAAUAUUUAUAAGACAAUACUGGGAAAAUGUUCGUCAGUGUAAAAAAACAUUUGCUAAGACUAUCAUCAGGUGGAAAUAACACGUUUUUCUAUUAUCAAAAACAAUUGCUUGCUCUUGCUCGUGUACAUAAAGGCUUCGCUAGAUAGUGCAUUUAUCCUUACAUGUAUGUCAACUUAUUUAAAGAUAGACUUUUUUAUGUUGCCAUAGAAAAAAAAGGUGUUAUGGGCAGAGACAUGUAUUCAUCCACAGGCGGAAGUGUGGCACUGACACAUAGUCCGUACUGAACUGUGAAGCUGUGGUAAAUACAUGACUGUGAUGGGUGAAAGUGGAUUUAUUCUUCAAUCUUUGGUGGAUUCUUAAUCUACUGAGCCAGGCCAUAACGGGGAUAUACUUUUUGAUAAUUAAUUUAAGGAAAUAUUGUCUCACUGGCCAGUUUAGAACUUGUAUUCUAAUAGGCCCAUAUCAGUCCGCGAGUGACGAUUUGAUGGCGAUGCUGUACACAAAUCAAUUUUUCUCAGGCAAUCGGUAUUGGAAUGUUUUGAAUUUUUACUAUUAUUUCGAUAAAACCCUCUUCAUAACACAUAUAAAAUUUGGUGGGAAUAAAAGCAGCCUUGGUGUACUUUUUUCACCAACCUAUAUUCAUUAAAAUGUACACAGAAUGUACACGCUGGCUAAUAGAGGUCUCUGGCCUUAUGUUAUUUUGUCAAUUUGUGUGUUUUGCAAAAGUUGUAUAUAAUAUAUGUUAGAAAUGGUAGCAGGGACACACAGGCUGGGGGGGGGGGGGGCAUGCUCAAAAACAGCAGGGAAGGUCCACUUUUCAAAUAAACCCUACUGCUUUUUAAAGAAGACCCUAUAUCGGAUCACUUUAAAUGAGAGUUGUGUUAUUUUGUACAUAAGAACAUUAUCAGAACAUGUACAUGUAUAAUGAGAUGAUGCUAAUCAAUUGUAAAUAUGUUGUUGAUAAUAAAAC